AUGUCUCCAGACAAGUCAGCCGAGCAAGUGCAAAGAAGAGCACGAUUUACACAUUUGCUGCAAAGUGCUGGUCGCUUUGCAGCAGGACCUGAGAUAGUUGUGUUGGUGCUUUCUUCUGGCUUGAAUGCUUGGCUUAUGCUGUACAAGGCAUGGCUUAUGCGCGAGUUUGUGGUGGGGCAGAACCUUGGGCGCUGGCGUGAGUGGCUGAAAGCGCUGGCCAAGUUCCCUUUGGCCAUUAUGGCUAGUGCGGUGCUGUCUCAGACCACAAAGUACAUGCAGGUCAGGGUUUCCAUGUUGUGGCGGCGAGCUGCAACCAGAAGCCUUUUGCGCAGCUAUUUCUUCAAUAUGAAUUACUACAGAUUGCAGCACCACAAAGCUGCUCGCAUAGAUGAUCCAGAUGUGCGCAUUUGCGCAGACGUGAGGUCUGCUUGCGAUGCACUGACUGGUGUGCUCAUCAACGGCUUGUCCGGAGUCAUGAUGUCAUCUUUCUCGAGCUUCGCCUUGUAUCAGCGACGUGGGCUUUCCGCCGUGUUCCUGCCGUACUUCUACAGCUUCGUGAUUGUACCGCUGAGCUAUAGGCUUACAAGCCCAGAUUGGAGUGCGGCAAGACUUGUCCAGAAGGCCAAUGGAGCCUACCAGCAGGCCUUGAAUCGCGUCCAGCUCGCAGGGGAAAGUGUGGCCAUGCUCAAGGGCCAAGACUUUGAGAAGGACGUGCUAGACCAUCAUGCUACCAAGCGUGCAGAAGCUGAACAGUCCAGCUGGGCUGCCAUGUCCUGCUUUGAAUGGUUCCAGCACUUCGUCUCGAACCCGGUCAUGCCAGGAGUUUGGCAAACCGUGGCUUCCUUUGGAGCAGCCUUCAUUGCCAUGCAAGCAUAUGGACCUGGUCGUCCAGUCCUGGAUUUGUGGCAGCCCAACCAGGACGUUGUCUAUGAGUACGGGGCAAACAUCAGCGACUUUUGGCAAGUUUUCUAUGCCGUGAGGGGAUCCAUGAGCUUCUUUAUGGCGGUGGAGACCUACAAGCGCUCUCAACAGAACAUGUCAAGAGUCGAGCAACUGCAAGACGCCUUUGAAACUCUGGCGAGCGAGGGGAAUGAAGUGAACUCGGGAACCUUCAAAGAAGGCUCCUACAUUGCCUUCGACAAUGUUGCAAUAGAGACGCCAACUGGCGUGCCACUGCUGGCCGGCCUCAGCUUUCAGGUCAAGCCUGGAAGGCAUUUGGUGAUAUGCGGCCACAAUGGUGCGGGAAAGUCUUCCAUCUUCCGUUGCUUGGCAGGGCUUUGGCCUGCCAAGGGGACCAUCACCUGCCCGCGUCCAAGUGUUGAGGGUGGCCUUCACGGUGAGGUCUACUACCUGCCGCAGCAGCCGGUGAAUAUUUUCGGCACCUUGUCAGACCAGCUGACUUACCCUGAGCAAGUGUCUGGAGGCCUUGCUACAGAUGAGUUGAGGCGCUGGCUGACGUACGUUGGCCUUGCGCACUUCGUGGAGAGCGCAGAUCAGGGUGGUCUUUUGACUGAAGAGGCAGACUGGGCUUCGAGGCUGUCUCUGAGCGAACAGCAGCGACUGGGCAUCGCACGAGUUUUGUACCAUCGCCCAAGAUAUGCAAUUCUGGACGAGUGCACCAGCGCUGUCUCAAAAGACUUGGAGAAUUGGCUCUUCCAGGCGGUCAACGAGCUAGGCAUCUCCUGUGUGACCAUUUGCCAUCGCCCGGCCUUGCUUGAGCAGCAUCACCAGAUGUUGCGCCUCACUGGGCGCCUGGCCGAGGACGGCCUUGGCUGGGAGCUGGUAGACUUGCCGCCCAUUCCGGAGGCCAAGCCUCCAGCCCGAAGCGUGGAAGAGGUGCAUGCCCGCCUGGAGGCCAUCCGCUGCCCAGGCUGCGUUCACCAGCAAGCCGUGGAAUGGUCAUCUCCGCCGGUGCCUUCGCAGCCUUCGCGACCCUCUCCCCACUUGGAGGUGGUGUUAAGGCGCUUGCCGCGGGGUCUGCAGCGUAUCGCAGCUGCGCUGCAGCUGGGUCGUUUGCAGCGCAGCUCGAAGCUGCGGGCGGCGCUUCUGGUAGCUUGCAUGCUCCUGAGACCACAAGCUGCCUGGGAGGUGUUCCGCACCAUUGGCGGCUCGGUGGGCUUGGCAAUGUGCAACGAUGGCACCGGAGUUUGUGCCGAGUUGCUGAUCAACAUCACUUAUGCAUCGGGGCUUUGCUGCCUGGACAGGUGUGUGGAGGCUUUGAGCCGACAGCUGUCUCUCCAAGUGUGGUCGGACUUGGCCAGCGCUAUGCAUGGCCAGGCACUGCAAGCAGCGGCGUUUCAUCAGGUGGAUGUUGACAACCCCAUGCAACGCAUCGCCGAGGCAAAGAUUCUCCUCGACGAGCUCAAGAGUCAGCUUCAGUACGUCGGAGGGCAGACUGUGCAGAUGCUUUUUUGCCUUCCUUUGCUGGUACGUGGCGGUGGCCUGCCUCCGGCCAUGGCGCUUCUGCUUCUGUAUGCAACUCACUUUGCGGUGCGCACUUAUUGGAUGCCCAACAUCAAGGCAAUGACGGCGGAGUCAUCGCAGCUGGAGGAGCAGUUCCAGGUGACGCAAAGUCGAAUGCGCAGCGUGGCAGAGCCGGUGGCCUUCUCUGGCGGCGGUGAGGCAGAGCGACUUCGCAUAGAAGAGCGCUUCGAGAGGUUGUGUGAGUACCGCCUGUGCUCCUUGAAGCAGGAGUUCACCUACAACUUUCUCACUGAGUUCUUCUUGCUGUAUGACAAUCUGCCGAUCUGGUUUCACCGCCUGAUUUCCUUCAACUUUGCCUGGAGGAAUGUUCCGAUUGGAGGUGCAUCUCCAGCUUCGGCCGUGCAGAAUUACCUCUAUGACCGCACCAUCGCCAUGAGCCUGGUCGGCGUGCAGGCGCUCACUGCUUUUCCGGCCGAGCUGGCGAAGAUGGACUCGCGGGCCACCCGCCUGCUGGAGCUUCAGGAGGCGCUUCAAACGCAGUCCAGGACAGACUUGCGGGAUAUCACCGAAGACUCUGUCGCUGCUGAAGACCUGACUCUGUCGACUCCGAACCACGUGGUGCUGGCUCGGGAGCUGACCUUUCAGGUCCAGCGAGGUGAAGCAAUGCUGAUCACCGGGCCCAACGGAGAGCUGGGAAGACCGCCUUGGCCCGCGUGCUGCUUGGGCUUUGGCCUGUGGAGGGGAAGAUCUGUGUGCCCCGUAGCUUCAGCAUCGUGCCGCAGCGGCCGUACUUAG